AUGCUUGCGACACUUGUGGACGACAACAGCAGAGGCAUCCGAGAACGGUCCGGCAAUACGCUCUGGGCGGUCUACCCUGCCCUAUCACUUUGUGCGAAGUGUCCUGGUGCAAUUCGGUGGAUUGCGAGGUCACAAGGUGGGGCGAAUGGAGAGUUCGUAGCGCGGGCUGUGCUGCAGGUCAAUGCCAGACCGUUGCGUGAGACCGUUGCGUGGUUCUUCACGUCUGGGGUCAAGUUGAGGCUGUCCCAGGUCCUUCACAUCGUCGUGGAUGGCCGUUUCACACCAUUCCAGCAGUUUCAAAAAGGCGAAUGGCCCACCUUUCCAGAGAUUUUCAGUGAGUUCUCUUGCUCACGUUCUGCCAUCGAGCAAUUGCACGGACUGCACUUCUGGGCCUGGGCCCCCUGGGCUUCAGCCAUGGCUACGGAGAUUGAGUGCCGAGGCCAACUCUUGCUGAGUGCCGAGACGACCUCGAGGAGAUUUCUCACCCCGUGGUCGCUGUGGCGCCAUACAGGAUGCGACAGGGACAUUCGAGACAGGAUGAUCUCCGCCUUCCUUACCGAAGCCUGUGGGACUACAGUGCAUUUGAAACGGGCAAAUGUGACCACACCUAAGACAUUUGCUCUGAUUCACUGGCGGAUCCUUCACGCGCAGACUGAUGGCGAUGGCAACAUCCACAGAUGGCCCACGGACCCUUGGGAAAUGCUGGAGCUGCCAGCUCUGAGGCCAUGAAAGGGAACCUUUACAAAGGACAGAAGGUCCAGUUCUGCGUUGCGUCUGACGCGCGCGCCUCAAAGAACUGGGCGUGGACAAUGGGGAAGUGACAAAACGGUGGCCUUGGUAGAGAUUUGGUAUGUCUAAACCAACAAAAAUGCUUGACGUAACUAGCAAAUAUAUGCAAAUAUGGG